UCGAACGGAACUUAAAAACCAGCUUGCUUGUGCAAAUCAAGAUCGAGAAAUUGCUAUAGAGUGUGGUAAUCAACUUGCCAAUAAAUGUUCUGUCUUGGAUAAAGACAAUAAGCAUAUACAAUGGGAUCUAAAUCAAUCUAAUAAAGAAAAAGAAAAACUUUCCAAGCAUAUCUAUCAACUUAUAGAUAAG